AUGAAGGCCGUGGUGUUGUCUGGAGGGAGCGAGCUAAAACAGAACCUCAGUAAAGAUGACGAAGUUAUUUUUGGCAAGAGUUACUACAAUGCGUAUAUAACGAGAAUCUUCAAAGGUGAAAGUGCCCUCAGGAAGCUACAUGUGUUCAAAAAUGAUUCAUUGUCCUUUAAUAGACGCCAUCAUAAGGCUGUUUUAUACACGCCAUCGAAUUCUGGGACAUGUGGAGUGAAGCUAAAGAAAGGGGUCAAGUACUUGCUAAGUGCCAGCAUCACAAGAGGAAGAAUUGAGGUCAAUACGUGCGACUGGAUCGCACCCUUCCAUGAAAUUUCUAGGCAGCAAAGGAUUGGAAUUAAUGGUGGAUAUGACUGUCAAUGCCAGCUGAGGAAAUGUCCACUCGGGAGACAAUGCCGAAUUUCUGACAAUGAAUGUGAGUGGACGGGUAGGUUUGUGACAAAGUUGCGAGACCUUCAAUGUGAUUUAAAGCAUAGGAUGUGCAAGAGAUUGAAAGGGAAGUGUCUCUGGUUUGAAGAUUCUUACUAUGAACCUUGCGUCAUGCAAAACUCUAGUCAUAUACCGGCUGAUUCUGAUGAUCCUAAAUAUCCUUUAAAGAACCAACUUGUACCAUAG